ACUGAACUUGGUUAUAUCUUCUCGGUUUGAAAUACAGAAGCUAGAUAAUACCUUAUGUUACCCAAAGAAAUGAUGUAGACAGUAAGUACUCCUGUAAAAAUACUAUGUAUCUUGGCUGAGACAUGAGGCGCUUGUUGUGUCAGCAUCGGCGAAGUGGCUGAUUGAUCGUGGUGUAGCUGUACCCCCUUCAUAACCGCAUAUGUAGUAUCGCUAUCGGAUAGUCUUCACUCCCUAUUGGUGGUGGCUUUUCAGUAAUCUGGUAGCGCGCGCCACGUUGUAAAGCGACCCUAUGGCGCAUGAAAACAUACCAAAUAGUUCAUGCUGCCCCGUGAGAAUCAAUUCAGAUCUUUUUCAAUUUGUAGUCGCGUUUUUCGUGAUGGUGGUCACAAUUGAAAUUACUGAAGAAUACCAGCAACAUGCCCCUUUUUGCGACGUUGAAGAAACAUAAAGUCGCCUUCGCUGUAUCAUCAACAGUGAAUAUCGGAUCUAUGCUUUUUGGCUUCGACACAGGCAUAGUUGGUGGUGUGGUCGCUCUAGGAAGUUUCAAAAAGGAAUUUAAUCUAGCUGCGUCGGCGACCGAAUACGCCAAUGCGUCAUCGAACGUCGUCGCUUUAUUAAAUGCUGGCGCAUUCUUCGGAGCACUUACUCCGCCUAUUUUAGCGAGAUUUAUUGGCCGUAGAUCGUUGCUUUCAAUUGCUGGCCUUCUUUUCUUGUUGGGAGGUAUACUGCAGGUCGCUGCUUCGGGACCAACGUUAGGUAUGAUUUAUGGCGGACGGAUUGUUGCUGGAUUGGGUGUCGGAAUUAUUUCGAAUGUUGCACCUGUUUUUGUGGCUGAAUGUGCCCCGAAGGAGUUCCGUGGUGUUAUGAUGUCGUUAUUCGAGAUGUUCCUCGUCAGUGGUGGAAUGCUCGCGUACUGGACUACUUACGGCUGCAGUCUACACUUAACACCUGCAUCAAUUCAAUGGCGCACUCCUCUUUCGCUUCAAAUCAUCCUCGCCGCUAUCGUAACGAUAUCCUCUGUACUGAUACCCGAAUCACCCCGCUGGUUAGCAAAACAAGGCCGAUACGAUGAGGCAAUACGAAACCUUUGUCAUCUACGAUCAGCGUCGGCGGAUUCGACUGAAAUCGUAGAGGAAAUGUCUCAGAUCCGCGCCCAGAUUCAAGAAGAGAUUGACACCGCAAGAGGUCGCACAGUUCGCGAAAUCUUCGAACGUCGGAACUUCUUACGUAUACUCUGGUCGCUUGCUGUUGGGAUUAUCGCGAUUUGGUGCGGACAUAAUGCCAUUUUAUAUUACGCACCGGUUGUAUUCGCUCAGAUAGGAUAUACGGGUCAGAAUCCAGCUCUUUUGGCUUCUGGUAUCUUUACCUGCAUCAAAUUUGUAUCGACUAUCGUAUUCAUACUCGGCGGAGUUCAUUUCUUCGGUCGGAAGACUUUGUUGAUUGGAGGUGCUUUCUUUAUGGGAGCGUUGCUGUUCGGAUUAGGUGCUAUCUUAGCCACACGACCACCUAAUGUUCCGGGCAAUGGAGUCGGAUCGCCGUCAGCACAGGCUAUGAUGGCUCUGAUAUACCUAUAUGUUGUCGCAUAUUCGCUAUCGUGGGGACCCUUGGAAUGGGUCUAUAUCGGUGAGAUCUUCCCGUUGCGUAUUAGGGACUAUGGUAUGGCGAUUGGUGCAGCGAACAUAUGGCUAUGGAACUUUGUCGCUUCAAAGAUUGCACCAAUUGCUAUACUUAACAUCGGCUGGAAAACGUGGAUGAUUUUCGCGUCAUGCAAUAUCGCUGGUGUUCUUUUGGCAUGUGUACUCCCUGAAACGAAAGAUAUAUCGCUUGAGCAAAUGGAUGUGCUCUUUGGUGUUGUUGAUGAGAAUACGCGCCGUCGCCAUAUCGAGACAAACUUGCAAGGGAUGAUAGAGAACGAGUCGUCUAUUGCACAACUAGUGGUGCGUAAGAGUCGGGAUCAUGAACCUCUACCUCAAGCACAUCCUAUCUAGAUGAUUCCCCAUUUUCAAAUGGUAGGUAGUCCGCAGGCCGCAUGUUUAGAACGCCAUAUUAGCAUAGAAAUACGAUGAUGUACUUGGGGUUGCGUUAGAGGCUAUCCUGACGCACAGGUCGCGCAGAGACCAUACUCGCUCGGUGUAACAUACGAAGAUACCGGGGGGAUCUGGUCAUUGUGCUAUGGCUACGUGAUUAUAGUAUAGCUCAAAGGCCCUACAGGUAUACGUUGGUUGGUACCUAUGGCUGAGAUGGCUGGAGGUGCUGGUAACAGCCCAAGAGCUACACUUGCACUUGGUGGAAUUUAACCCUCUGAGGCAACUCUUCAUUAUACCACGAUAUAUGCGGGAAUAUUUUAGACCAAUAGGUACCUAGGUAGGCUUUGUGGAAAAUUCGUCCUAUCGCGGAUAACCAUGAUAAUCUUAUGAUCCUCGGCUACUAUAGUCGAAUUGAUGUCGUUACAGUAUUGGCAUAACAGUUAAACCAUAGAGAAGUGAGGGAAAUUACCUGGUGGACUAGAAGGGAAGCGGGAUGAUAGAGGUAGAACAAAUUAUGCAGUGUCAAAUAUCGGGAAGAAAGCUUUCCUGGCGAAACUGGUAUGUGCGAGUGCCUUGGGUAGGCUCUAGUAUUUAGGUAAGCAACCAUGUGUCAAGUCUUGUGGAAAGUUGUGUAGAGUCGGGUAUCCGGUGGCCUUCACUGGAAUUAAUUACAAGCAAUAAAUUAAUUGUUUCGGUAAUGAUUUACGA